AAGUGUUGUGUGAUGGUAGAGGGAGCAGUUGUAACAUGCCGGUUACUCUACAUUUAUUAACCAAGGUGCCGUCAGAUCCAGAUGCUCAGAAGUUAUUAACAGCUCUCCCCAGUUUAGAAGCUCGGCUGCCUGGUAAAGAACAUGCUGUAGCUUUCUUACGUAGAUUUUUACGUUCUAAAGAUUUACACAGAACCUUACAUACCUACCGUAAAUUAUUAGAUGUAGCUGGUAUGAGAGUAUCUGCUGAUUUUGCUGUUUCUCAAGCUGCUGAUGUAUUUUGUUCAAUACGAUAUUUACAAGACGAUAAAACAGUGAAAGAAUUAAUGAAAAUCUUAUCCAGACCACAUUUACAGGCAUUGCUAUACUGUUAUGAUAAAGUAACUAAUCAUGAUUAUGAACCGAGAAUUGAACCUCUACCACUAGGAGUUGAUGAGGAUGAGGCAGCCAUUAAAAUUGUCAGAUUAAUUAAAACUAACGAACCUCUGGGAGCUACUAUAGCUGUGAAAGAAGAAGGUAUAAUAGAAGUAGCUAGAGUGUUACAUGGUGGAGCUGCAGACAGGAGUGGGUUAAUAAAUGUAGGAGAUGAAGUGCAUGAGAUAAAUGGUGUUGGUGUUCAGGGAUUACAACCAGAUGAAGUUGUUGAUAUUUUGUCACGAAUUACAGGUCCAGUCACUUUAAAAUUAACACCUAGUGUUAAACUACCCUCAGGUACUAGAGAAUGUAAGACAAGAGUGAAGGCGUUGUUUGAUUUUAAUCCACAAGAAGAUGAGAUGAUCCCAUGUCCAGAAGCUGGUCUUCAAUUUACGCAGGGUGAUGUCUUACAUAUCGUAAGUCAGGAUGACACAACAUGGUGGCAGGCUCGUAGACACGGUGAUACUAAAAAUAGGGCAGGAAUUAUUCCAAGUAAACAGCUUCAAGAACGGAAAGAAAUGAUCCGUCGUCUGGCAGCAAAAGUUGAGGCAGAAAAAGCCGAAUCACGGCCAAUCAGUCCAUGUCAAUACAGUCCCAGAAUACCUCGUCAAAAACGUCUUCGAAAAACCAUGUAUCAUGCAAUUCAAAAUGGAGAGUAUGACACAGAAGAAGUUCCUACAUAUGAAGAAGUAGAACUUUAUAAAGUUAGACCCAAUAGAUUUAGACCUAUACUGUUAGUAGGUGCCCCAGGUGUAGGUAGGAACGAAUUAAAACGAAGAUUAAAGGCCAGUAAUCCAGGGCAUUUUGAAGAAGUUUUACCACAUACAUCACGUCCAAUUCGACCGUUUGAAGUGGAUGGUAAAGAAUAUAGAUUUAUUCCUAGAGACGACAUGGAAGCUGAAAUUCUUGCUCAAAGAUAUGCUGAAUAUGGAGAAUAUAAAGGAAAUUUAUAUGGGAUACAUAUAGAUUCUAUAUUAUCUGUUAUUCAGGAUAAAAAAGUUUGUUUACUAACACCUCAUCCACAGGCGCUGAAGUUAAUGAGAACUAGUGAAAUCAAGCCUUAUAUAAUAUAUAUUAAACCACCCAGUCUAGAGAGAUUACAGGCUACCAGAGCAAUUUCUUUAGCACGGUGUACUAGCAGUGAUACAGAUGAUACCAAAUUAUUUACGACAGAGGAAUUAGAAGAAAUAAUAGAACUCAGUAAAAAAUUAGAAGAACGUUACAGCCAUCUAUUUGAUCUAACAUUAGUUAAUGAUAAAUUAAUGGACACUGUACGGGAACUCAUAGCAAUAGUUGACUCAGUGGAGAAAGAAGCCAAAUGGGUACCAGUCAGUUGGUGUCAAUGAUGUUUACUCCAUUUUAGGCCAAAAUUUUUGUAUUCCAUUUUAAUAAAGCUGUAUUUUUGU